CUCUACUUGAUAAGUGUUGCCUUAUCUGUUCAAAGUUCUAACUCCAGAGGCUUUAAUUCUUUCCCUGGUGAGUUAGUUGUCCAACUGCUGGGCUAGAGUGUGAAACUAACCUAAGAAACUCUCAGAGCCAUCAUGGAAAUGAACACUGGAGGCAUGAGGCAAAGAAGCUCUCGGGAGCAGACCAGGGGAGAAGAGGAAACACAAUUACUCAAUGGAGAGGAUGAACACCUUGAGAAUGUCAUUGCCCACAGCCAAUGGAAGAGACAUCUGGAGGUAAUGAAGGUGAAUGUCCUGGAACAGGUACACAAUCAGCUGAGUGAUCUCUUGGACAAGACCUUGGAAGAAGCAGCUCAUUCCAUACCCUGGUAUUUGAGGGUGGCCCCAGCAAAGAAGCAAAGCAGAGAGAAAGGUCAGCUACUGAAGAAGAAAGUCUUUGUCCCUCAACAGUCAUUGUAUGACACGCUCAUGGAAGUGGAAGAUUUCUGCCCAAUCCGACACAUAUUUGUGGCCAUGCUCUGUAUCUUUGUGCUCAAACAAAUCAUUGGGGAUUCCAUCGACAAAGGACGUCUUGUUUGGGAUUUCGAUCUCAUUAUCAGUAGCUUUCGACAACUCCCCACAGCACUCUUUGCCUGGCUCUGCAUGUUCCUCUACACCUUAUGUGUGCCCUACCAGGCCCUGCAAAUAUGGUCAGGCUGCUUGAAGAUGACCAGGUUCCCCAACCUCUUGACAGUCACCUUGGUGGUGCUGGUGCUGCUCUGCCACACUGCAAUGCUGGGCUUCUUCCCCCUCUAUAUCCUUCUCUCCUGUGAUUUGGGAAUUGCCUCACGUUUUAUUGUCCUCUCUGAGCAGAUCCGGUUCCUGAUGAAAAGCCACUCAUUUCUGCGAGAAUCGAUGCCCCCUCUUCUCCAUGCCAGGGACCAAGUUGGGAAGAUAAGCCCUCCUGAAUUAUCAACCUACUUGUAUUUUCUCUUCUGCCCUACUUUGAUCUACAGAAAGAGCUAUCCAAGAGAUCCAUACAUCCGCUGGAGUUACGUCAUCCAAAAAUUGGUUGAGUUCCUGGCGAGUAUAUAUUUUGUGAAUUUCCUUAUGAAAUACUCCUUCAUUCCUGUGUCCAAAAACAUGCAUAAGCAGCCCUUCACCAUCAAAAUCCUGCUACUUUCCAUCUUUGAUUCAGUAGUACCUGGGAUAACUCUGGGAAUCAUGAUGCACUAUUUCUUCCUGCACUGCUGGCAAAACAUGUUUGCCGAGAUCCUGCGCUUUGCAGACCGUUCUUUCUACAAGGACUGCUGGAAUUCCAGAUCAUGCUCUGGAUUCUUUCGGACAUUGAAUGUGAUUGUACACGACUGGCUGUACUAUUAUAUUUAUCAAGAUAUUCUGCGGCUGUUUGGAGGGAGAGCCCGAGGUGGAGCUAUGCUGAUUGUCUUCCUUCUCUCAGCGGUUGUCCAUGAAUACCUACUCACCUUGGCCUUUAGCAUGUUCUUUCCUGUCAUGUUUGUGCUAUUUACCACGAUUGGAGUGUUGCUUAACUUUGUUCUAAAUGAUAAGAGAAAAAACCCUCUCUGGAACAUCAUCAUAUGGAUAGGCCUCAUUUUGGGCACAACGACCGUUUUCUCAUUAUACAGCCAAGAGUGGUUUGCACGUGCCCACUGUCCACUCAAGGAGAAGACCUUCUGGCGGCUAGUGACUCCACGUUCCUGGUCUUGCCACCAAUAAGCAGCUAUUUCCAGCCUACCCUAUCCUACUUUGCUUUAGAAAUGACUUCUGACAAAGAUAACACAUUACUCUGCUGCUUUGGCAAGAGGACUCUCAGCACAUCAGGCGUCUCUUCCACUCCCUCCAUGAAAAGCUGUAUUUGGCAAUUCCUCACCUGAGGGUGCUAAAAUUUGGUUUGCAGGUUCAAAGGCUCUCACCUAAUGGAGACAAAGAAAUGUAGCAUUUAACAAAAUAUCUAUAAAGAUCCAAGCUGUGUCAAGUCCA